GCCUCAACGAGUGCAGGUGGCUUGCCGGGUUCAUCGAGUCACAGCGGUGUAACGUCACUGAAUGCACCCAAACGACUCUUCUCGCCCUCGAACUCAACAGCUCCUUGCAAUGGUAAUCUUAUGACGCAUUCGAAAACGGAAGGUUCAAUAAAAUUGAAUAUAUCAAAUUUGGGUGGUUUAAGACAAAAGGUCACAACAUCUUUCCAUACAAUCGCCAAUUUACCUUGGCGUUUGGCGGCCAAAACGGAAUGUACAAAACGAACGAGCAACGUAAAAUUCUUUAGUGUAUAUAUAGAUUGUAAUCCAGAAAGUGAGUCGACUUUGUGGAGUUGUGAUGCGAUCGUUGAAUUCAGACUCAUCUCUCAGAAACCGGACACUCCGAAUUUCAGUCGUCAGGUAUGA